AUGACAUACAACCUAUUUAAUGGGCUUCGCAUAUUCUUUCGGCCUCUACUUGUCGGGCUCUUCAAUACCAGCAUCUCCUGGAGCAUGAGGUGGCGGGUGCUGGUGCUUCAGCAGUUUGUCUUUUUAACAUAUACAAUUCCGGUGGCGCCCUAUCUUUUCUCGCGCCCAUUCGUGACCGAAUAUCUGCCUGUCUUCGCCAAUCGAUCUGUUCGUACGCUAGUGUUCAAAGGCAAGGGAAAAGGGAGUGGCCGCAAGCUGCGUCCGUUGCACAUCGACAUCCAUGGAGGCGCCUUUAUUGGCGGCCUGGCCGAGCAGGAUGCCCGCAUAUGCGAGAUGUGGGCGAAUGAAACGGGCGCCAUUGUGCUUGGCAUCACGCAUCGGUUUGCUCCUGAGCAUGUGUUUCCGGCAGCCAUCGACGACGUCGACGCCACGGUGCAGUGGAUUAAAGACAACGCAGAAAGUCGAUGGGGAGCAGAUCCGACCCUCUUGACAAUAUCUGGCUCAUCUGCUGGGGGGAACAUGGCCGUCGCAUCGACGCAGCAACCAAGCUGCCACGGAGUAUCCCCUACAGCCUACAAGGGCAUCAUCACCUCAUACGGCGUCUAUGAGCUAAGGCUUUCCCCCUGGCAGAAGCCCGCCCCAGAAAAGAUGCCAAAGAGCGAUCCGACUUCCUUCCUGCAGCCGUUGUUUGAUUCAUAUGCCGCCCCAGCCCGGGCCCGGCAUAUUGAUGACCCUCGACUAAGCCCGCUUCUCGCAAAGAGAGAAACACUGCCAAACCGCAUGCUGAUGGUUAUCGCGGGGAUCGAUAUUCUUCUCGAGGAGCAGACACAUUUUGCUAAGCGGAUUAAUGAAGAAGACGAGCGCGCGGGCUGGACAGGCAAACCUCGUGUUGAAACCAUGCUUGCAUCGGAAGGCUUUCACGGCUGGCUUGAGUUGCCGGAUAUAAUUAUCAAAAAGGAGUUAAAAGAGGCCUACUGGGCCCGCUGCGUCGAGUUUCUGAAAGAAAUUCAUAAGUCGGAGGGGUGGGCCUGGGAAAGGACAUCUUUGUACUCUUGCAAUCUCCAUUUUCACAAGCAAGAUGCCGACUUCUCCAAUGCACACAUCUCUUAA